AAAGAGAACGCAGACGAAUGGUCUGAAGAAGUAUAUCGAUACGAGNUGAAGAAGUAUAUCGAUACGAGUAAUGUGAUUCACUUCAGAGGGUUGUUGGAUGCGGCCACCAGAUAUAAGCAGUGCUCUGCAUUCUAUAAGGCACUGACGAAACCGGAACAGAAAAAAGGACCGAAAUUGGAGAUCGAUUUGGUGGUCGAAGAUGGUGCUAAAUGGGUAUGUGAUUCUGAAAUUGUUUUGGGUGACGAUUGA